AUCCGGAAUUCCAUCAUUACUCAUGUCAUUACUGAACUCUUACACGAUCAUUAAGAGUGUCAUUACUUUUUAGUAAUGACACUUUUAAUGAUCGUGUAAGGGCCGCUUUUCAACUGUGCAAAGAUGACAAGAAGGGUGACUCGGAAGGAAGAAUAAGAAGCCAGCUUCCAGGUCUUCUCCGCUGGCUCGGAAAGUAGAUUACCAGUUAUCAGGACCUGUCCCAAGCACUUUCCAUUGUUGUCAAAACACAAUGAACAAAAAGUUAGAACUGUUCACGUCGAAUUCAGCCUAUUGAGUUAUGAACUACAAAUAAAAAACUACAACCAAAACAUCAAACCGAUUCAGAGCGAAAAGCGAAUGUUUCUUGUAAAUUAACUAAAAUCAAUCAUCACAGAAAGUAAAAUGGAAUUUUGCCCCACACGAAAGGGGAUACCAAAACAGGAAGAAUCAGAAAACAGUCCUGUAGCCUCUUGUCCAGCGUUCACUCCAACAAUCGAUUCCCCAAUAAAACUCGGAUAUGAGAUUGGUAAUGAGGAAUUCACACAGAAAAAUGAUCUUCAUCUCGAAUACCAGAUUUGUGAUGAGGAAUUCACACAGGAAGGUGAUCUUAAACUAGAAUAUCAGGUUAGUGAUGAGGAAUUUCCAAAGAAAAGUGAUCUUCAUGAAGACGUCUUCGUACCUAAAGAGAAACAGGGUCAUAGUUGCGAAGUUUGCGGAAAACAAUUUUUAAUGAAGAAAACCUUGAACAAGCAUAUGAUCGUUCAUACUGAAGACCAACAAUUUAAGUGUAAUGUGUGUGGCAAAGAAUUCCCGUAUUAUCAACAAUUAAAGGACCACGCAAAUAUUCACACUGGUGAGUGUCCGUACAAUUGCACUGUAUGCGGAAAAGAAUUUGCUGUUAAGGGUUACCUAACUAAACACAUGUCUAUUCACGAAAGCGAGUACAAAUAUAAGUGCGAAGUGUGUGGCAAAACCUUCUAUGGUGGUUCUUACCUCGCGAGACACAAACGCAUGCAUACAAACGAGAAGUUUAAAUGCACCAUAUGCGAGAAAGAAUUUGCCAUCAAGGGUUACUUUACUAGACACAGGUCUAUUCACCAAAGUAAGUACAAAUAUGAGUGCGAAUUGUGUGGCAAAGCCUUUAAUAAUGGUUCUUACCUCGCAAAACACCAACGCAUUCAUACGAACGAGGCCUUUAAAUGCACGAUAUGCGGGAAAGAUUAUUGCAAUACGUAUUAUCUCAGCAAACACAUGAAACUUCACGUGGGUGAUAACGAACAUAAGUGCGAUGUGUGUGGCAAAACCUUUCUCGAUAUUGCUUCCCUCGCAAGACACAAACGCUUACAUACAAACAAGAAGUUUAAAUGCACCAUGUGCGAGAAAGUUUAUCCCUAUAAGUAUCAUCUCAGCAGACACAUGAAUAUUCAUGUGAACGGUUACAAGCAUAAGUGCGAUGUGUGCGGCAAAGGAUUCAUCUGCAAAUCACUUUUGAAAGAUCACAAAAAUAGUCACACAGGUGAACGGCCUUACGAAUGCACUGUAUGUGGAAAAGAUUUUCAUCGUAAAAUAAAACUAUCUCUACACAUGCAAACUCACGCAAGCGAGCGACCGUACAAAUGCACCGUAUGUGGAAAAGAUUUCGUCUUUAUGGGUUACCUAACUAGACACAUGCUUACUCACACGACUGAUUAUAGGUAUGAGUGUAAUGUGUGUGGAAAAGGAUUCAUAACCAGAUCACUCUUGGAAGACCAUGAAAACACACAUACAGGCAAGCGACCAUACAAAUGUACCAUAUGUGGAAAAGAUUAUAAAGGUAAAGUAUAUCUUUCUCAACACAUGAAACUUCACGCCAACGAGCGACCUUACAAAUGCGCUGUAUGUGGAAAAGAUUUUGCCAUUAAUGGUUACCUAAUUAAACACAUGUCUAUUCACCAAAGUGUGUACAAAUAUAAGUGCGAAGUGUGUGGCAAAGGCUUUCAUGAUGGUACUAAUCUUGCAAAACACAAACGCCGUCAUACCUAAAUGAGCACAUGCCUAGCCACACGGCAUCAGUGUGAUGUGGCGAAAGAUUCAAAGCCAGUCUGGUUUAGAAAGACCACGACCACAAUGCAAUCGGUAUUACAAACGCAUCGUAUUCGGAACCCUAGCGUAUGAAUAAUCUACAAGGCAAACUGUCACAUGUCACACGUGAUACAAAUUUCAAAACGAAACAUGGUCUGACUGAGCACAUGCGCCGUCAUACGACUUAAAGCUGCAUUUUCGCAGGCAACUUACAACUUCCGCGGCCAUUCGAAAAUGCUGUCUGGAGCUUACUCGAAAAGUCAUACCACGUAUCGCGGAACGAUAGUAGUAACUAAAUGAGCUUGUGAAAAUUUUCCAUUUAAAUUGGAUGUCUAUGUAAUUAGGAACAUAAUGGAGAAAUAAAUUGAACAUUUAUAGUUUCAAA